AAAAGAUCUUUUGCACCGUCAACCCCUUUAACUGGUAGGAGUUAUCUAAAAGAGAAGGAAUCAGUAAUUACUCCAGUUGCUUCUGCAACACAGAGUGUGAGCCGGUUACAAAGUAUUGUAACAGGGUUGAAAAAUGCACCAAGUGAACAGCUUGUAGCUAUUUUUGAAUCAUGUAUACGGAAUCCUAUGGAGAAUAUCCUGAAAGGAGUGAAAAAGAUAGGUGAAAUUUUCUGUCAGAAUUAUACUCUAUCAGUCAGUGAUCAACUGGUAUGCCAUUUAGAUUUUGCUCUUCACCGAUUAAAAUUGGCAGAAAUUUUGUAUUAUAAAAGCUUGGAAACAAUAAUGAUACAAGAAAAGCGAAGGCUGCCUGGCAAAGACAUGUCUACCAUUUUAGAACAAGAUAUUUUCCAUUGCUCUUUGCUUGCAUGUUGUUUUGAAAUAGUGCUGUUUGCAUAUCGUUCACCAAGAACUUUUCCCUGGAUCAUUGAUAUUCUUAAUGUCAAGCCAUUCUAUUUCUAUAAGGUGAUUGAAGUAUUGAUCCGUUCAGAAGAAGGUCUCUCAAGAGAUAUGGUAAAACAUCUUAACAGCAUUGAGGAACAGAUACUUGAAAAUCUAGCCUGGAGAGAAGACUCUGUACUUUGGGAUGCCCUUCAAGUCUCAGAAGAUGAGGUUCCUCGCUGUGAAGAAGUAUGCUGUCAA